AUGAUUAGCACCAGAACAUCUGGGUUAUUGGCGAAGCAGAAGUGCGCUCGCGUUUCGGCAUGGAGACUGUACUCUUCGAACACAAGGAGUAAUAGAGCCACCACUGCCCGCGACACCACGUUCCAGACACCUCUGAAGUUCAGCGGGUUCAACACUGCGAGUUCGUCAUCUGACGUGAACAGACCGUCGCUUCUGGAUGGCGCGCCAGCAGAGAUGCCGAAAUUGACUGUGAGAGGGCCCGUAGAGUGCCCACUCAGCGGGGUGCAGCUUCUGAACUCGGCUUUGUUCAACAAGGGCACUGCGUUCACGGAGAAGGAGAGGACGGAUUUCAAGCUCCAUGGGCUUCUCCCUCCGCAGAUCAACACUCUCGAUGAACAACUCGAGAGAGCGUUCAAACAACUGUGCCAGUUGAAGACAUCCAUCGCCAAGAACGACUUCAUGACCAAUCUGAGAGUGACGAACAAGACUCUCUAUUUUGCACUAGUCAAGAGCCACAUUAUGGAAUUAGUCCCCAUUAUUUACACGCCAACGGAGGGUGAUGCCAUCGCGUCCUAUUCUGACAGGUUUAGAAAGACAGAGGGUGUCUUUUUGGACAUUACGGAACCAAACUCAGUGAUGCAAAGGAUGGCCGCUUACGGUGGUGACAAGAAGGAUAUCGACUACAUUGUCGUGUCUGACUCAGAGGGGAUCUUGGGUAUCGGCGAUCAAGGUGUCGGUGGUGUUAGGAUCGCUAUCUCCAAGCUCGCUUUGAUGACCUUGUGUGGUGGUAUUCACCCGGGUAGAGUCUUGCCCGUUUGUCUAGACGUUGGGACGAAUAACAAGCAACUGGCCCGUGAUGAGCUUUAUCUCGGUAACAGAUUCUCAAGAAUCAGGGGUAAACAGUAUGAUGAUUUCAUAGAGGAAUUCAUGAAAAGCGUGAAAACUCUGUACCCAAAUGCCGUCCUACAUUUUGAAGAUUUCGGUGUCAAAAAUGCUCGUAGAAUUUUGGAACGUUACAGAAACGAAGUACCAUGUUUCAACGACGAUAUCCAAGGUACCGGUGCCGUUGUAAUGGCAUCUUUGAUUGCAGCUUUGAAGCACACCCACAGAAAGCUGGCAGACACGAAGGUACUAGUGUACGGGGCUGGUUCCGCUGGCUUAGGUAUCGCUGAUCAAAUUGCAAGUCAUAUGGUCACACACGGUCUAACUUUGGAGGAAGCCCGCUCUAAGAUAUACCUGAUGGACAGACGUGGUCUAAUCUUAAGAUCCUACGAAGCCGGUUCUACGGCGCAACAACACGUGUAUGCGAAGCCAGAUGAGGAUUGGUCGAACGUCAACACGAAAUCCCUUUUCAACAUUGUAUCGCAAGUGAAACCAACCUGUCUGGUGGGAUGCUCCACCCAAGCCGGUGCGUUCACGAAGGAAAUCGUCCAGGAGAUGUACAAACACAACCCAAGACCCAUUGUUUUCCCGCUAUCGAAUCCAACGAGAUUGCACGAGGCUGUACCUGAAGACUUGAUGAAAUGGACCAACAAUGACGCCCUGGUUGCCACUGGUUCCCCAUUCCCACCUGUCGAUGGUUACAACAUCUCGCAAAACAACAACUGUUACUCCUUCCCAGGUAUUGGCCUGGGUGCCGUGCUGUCACGUGCCACCACGAUCAGUGAUAGGAUGAUCUCUGCAGCUGUUGACGAACUAGCUGCGCUAUCGAACCUUAAGGAGGGUGACUCGAAGCCAGGCCUGUUACCAGGGUUGGAAGUCAUCAACAACACCUCCUCCAGAAUCGCCGCUGCAGUGAUAUUGCAAGCGAUCGAAGAAGGUCAUGCGAGAAUUGAAAAUGAGGAAGACCCUAACAAGCCAGGCGAAAACAUCAAGGUGCCACGUAGCUUCGAUGCCUGUGUUGCCUGGGUCAAGGACCAGAUGUGGGAACCUAUAUAUAGACCACUGGUCAAAGUUCAGUAUGACCCAAAAGUGCAUACCUACCAGUUGUAA